GAGAAACAACAUGGACUUUUCCAUCCGCAUCAGUGACAUCACCCCAGCAGAUGCCGGCACCUACUACUGUGUGAAGUUCCGGAAAGGGAGCCCCAACGUGGAGUUGAAGUCUGGAGCAGGCACUGAGCUGUCUGUGCGUGCUCCUUUGCUCCUCCCCUGCCAUGUGAGACCCUCAGUCUCUGCUGCCUCCUUCCUUUCUUGAGAGGUUCAACCUGAGAGAAGGAGCCAGUGAGAAGUUUCUCCAGACUCAGCUCCAGACGCCUCCUCUCCCAUGACGUCUGCCUGCCCACAGGCUCCUGUUGCUCCUUCACAAGACGUUGAUGCCCCAGAGCAGUGUCUCCAUUCAUGGUCCUGAGCAGGGGCCAUAGGAUUGGGCUCUGGGCACUGACUCACAGCACCUCCCUAGAAGGUGAGAAACACGCCAAAUCUAAACACACCAGGACUCCUCCCAUCCAUCGCCUUGGGACUGAACAUAAACCACAGACGCUCUCCAGGCUCUCAAGAGUUAUCCCAUCUUCCGGAUUCCUGCCCACUCCAACUCCCUCAGCCUUGUUGAGGUUCUCUAUUGCCUCCUGAAUAUACAUGAACCCCUAUACCGAUUUUAAGAAAAAAAAUGAUUCUUUCCUCUUUGUCCAAGCAUCCUAUCCCUCAAACCCAAAAAGAAAGAAGCACUACCUUCUCUCUCUGAGAUGGGAACAGUAUUUCUUCUAGCAUCCUGCAGACUUCCCAGUCCUGCUGCUCAUGGUAGAAAUGCUGCCACACUCCAACAUCGAGGAGUCCUCCUUGACUUUCCUUUACAACUCGUAUUCAAUUCUGCCUACAAAAUGCCUAUGUCCACUUACAUGCGAUGGUAAAUGUUUAACAGUGGACUUUCUGAAAGGGAAAAACCAAAAGCUGUUUUGUAGUGCUUGCCAAUUUCUCUAGUGUAAUAACUCCCAACCUGACCAAUUUCACACUGCCAACAGUUAAACAACCAGAUUGCAAAAUUCCUGAAAUUUAACAAUUGGUUUUCAAGGGCCAGUCCAAGCCUGCUGCAGGACACAUCUGAGUUACAUCCAUAUCUGCACACUUCUCACUUCCACCACCACUCCCUGUCCCAACCAGCAUCAUCUCUUUUGGGACCACUCCUCUGGCUUUCAUUUUUCAGCCACAGCAAUUCUUUGGAAAAGUCAAAUCAUAUCACUUCUCUGCUUCUUCCCCAACACAGCCGCAUGGCUCCCACUCUCCCUCCUUCAAGUCUCUGCUCAAUGUCACUUUGUUAAAGGCACUUUCUAUAAACUACUCUGUAGAAAAUAUUUCUUUUCUCUGUCCCAGCAUUCUCAUCUCUUAUCCUAAUUAAUUUUUCUUUAGCCCUUAUUUACGUAAGUAUUAUGCUGAAUACAGGCAGCUCUCGCUUUUCAUGGCGGUGCAGGAUUGCAAAAAUGACUGUGCAACCUGAAACCUAGGAAAGCAUUCUCCAUAUCCAAUUAGAAAAACAAUUAUCAGUUUGUGACCUUUACCAUUUUUUGUCAAAAUAUUAGAAACUCUCAAACUCUCAGUUAUAAAUGUAGAGGACAAUGAAAAUAUAAUGAAAUAAGUAUUUAUUUGUGCACUGCAAUUCAAAGCAUUAGAAACAUUGAGAGUUCAAGUGUUAUUUCUUUGUAAAAAUGUAUCAAGAGUAUUUGGAAGACUGCUUGCCUUUUUCUUGUAUAUUUCUGAUGUGGAGUGAUAUGGUUUGGCUCUGUGUCUCCAUCCAAAUCUCAUCUCAAAUUGUAAUCUGCAUGUGUUGUGGGAUGGGCCUGGUAGGAGGUGACUGAAUCAUGGGGGUGGACUUCCCCCUUGCUGUUCUCGUGACAGUGAGUUCUCGUAAGAUCUCAGUGAGUUCUCAUGAGAUCUGGUUUUUUGAAAGUGUGUGACAUGUCCCCCUUCGCACUCUCUCUCUCUCUUCUGCCACCAUGUGAAGAAGGUCCCUGCUUCCUUUUCUCCUUCCACCAUGACUGUAAGUUUCCUGAGGCCUCCCAGUCAUGCUUCCUGUUAAGCCUGUGGAACUGAACUUCAGAUGAAGAGUUCCAGGUGAACCAGCCUCAGACUUCAGUGUCAGUCAAUCCUGGAGAUGUCCUAACCCUGGCCUGCAAUAUGUCUGCUCUGUCCCCAGAAGGGCCUGUCUUAUGGUUCAAGAGCACUGGGCCAGGACAACAAUUAAUCUAUAGUUUCAAUGGAAGCCACUUCCCCAGAGUAACUCCGGUGGAAAACACAAUGGUCGAUCAAACAGACUAUUCCAUUCGCAUCCGUGACGUGUUGCCAGAGGAUGCUGGCACCUACUACUGUGUGAAGUUAAGGGUAGGACACCCUGACAUGGAGUUUUUCUCUGGUCCAGGCACCAUCGUGUAUGUGAAUGGAGCCACACAUAUGUUCCAUGUGCAACAAACAGAGAUGUCACAGACUGUAUCAACUGGGGAGUCAAUCAUCUUGAGUUGCAGCGUACCAGAUACCUUACCAAAUGGACCUGUCUUGUGGUUCAAGGGAACAGGGCCAAACCGGAAACUAAUCUACAAUUUCAAACAAGGUCACUUUCCCAGAGUAAAAGAGAUUGGAGACACCAACAAGCCUGGCAACACAGACUUUUCCAUCCGCAUCCAUGAAAUCUCUCUUGCUGAUGCUGGCACCUAUUAUUGCGUCAAGUUCAUAAAAGGGAAAGCUAUCAAGGAGUACCAAUCAGGUCACGGCACUCAGGUGUUUGUUACUGCUCCACCCUCUCUCCCUGUGGUAAUAGGCCCCUUGGAGAGGGCCUUGCUCGGGCAGACUGUGAAUUUUAGCUGCAUGUCCUACGGCUUCUAUCCCAAAAAUGUCACCCUGAAGUGGUUCAAAAAUGGGAAGAAACUCUCAUCCCUCCAGACCCACGUGGUUCAGUUAAAGAACAGCAAUGCCUACAAAAUUGUCAGUACCACGGAGGUAGUCCCGGCUCUAGAUGACCUAAACUCUCAUGUUACCUGCAGUGUGUACCACCGAAGCUUGCAUUACCCUCUCCAUGGGAAGGCUGAUUUGUCUGAGACCAUGAUAGUUCCACCCAAGGUGUCCAUUCUUCAGCACCCUGCCUCAAAUAACAAGAUGAAUGUCACCUGCCAGGCAGAGGAGUUCUAUCCCCAGGACAUGCAACUGACCUGGCUGAAGGAUGGAAGUGUCUCCCAGAGAGAUGAGACCCUGACCCCCACCAAGGGCAAAGAUGGACUGUACAGCAUGCAGAGCUCCAUCCUGGUGGAAAACAGUGACCAUGAGGAGGACACUAUGCUCACCUGCCAGGUGGAACAAGACGGAUGGCAGAAGAUCACUGUAAAAAUGACAUUUUGGGCCUCUGCUCACCUGGAUAGAUCUCAGUUGUAGCCAAUAGCAAGGCCUCCAUGACUUAUUUAAGGAGGCUCCUUCAUCUUUCCAUAAAACAUUCCUUUUCAGAUUUAUAAAAGUUUAAAUUAUAAAAGCAAAGCCCACUCUCUU